CCUGACCUGGAAUCCAGCCACCUCCACUCUUACAGAGUCACUACCAUGGCCCUUGUGCCAGGGAGUAGCAAGGAUGGACCCUGGUCCGGGGAUAGACCAGACUCUUUAUGGCAUCCAGAAAGUCCUCGGUUGGCCAACACUCUCUCACAGAACAGAGAAGAGCCUGGCAGACGUGAAGGUUAUCAGGGUGUUGAGGUGUCUCAAAAGCCCCGCCUGCCCUCUAUUGUGGUGGAGGCCUCAGAGGGGAGUGAGGACGACCAGGAAGACCACCAGUGGCCACAUGAGGAGUUGCUGGUGCUCACCGAUGGUGAAGGAGAAGAUGCAGAAGCUUUCUUCCAGGAUCAAAGUGAAGAGCCAGGUUGGGCCUGGAUCCCACAGGACCCCACAUCUCCUUUAAGAACAUUUAACCCUGGACUUGGCUGGGGUCAAGAAGGUGCCUCCUGGAUUCCUGAAGAUACAGAGGGUCAGGAAACUCCUAACCUCUGUCCUCUUUGGGACCCAAUAGGGUCCCACAUCUAUAGAACCCGAUUUAUGGAAUAUCACCAUCUCCCACCUCUCAGUACUUUUGGGGGAGCUGAAGAAGAAGUUGUUCAAGCGCCGCAGGGUAUUAAGCAGGGAUCGGCGACGGAAGCGCCAGGUGGUCGGGGCUGUGAUAGACGAAGGGCUGACUACGAAGCACCACCUCAAGAAGCGGGCGUCCAGUGCUCGUGCCAACAUCACGCUGUCUGGGAAGAAGCGCAGGAAGCUCUUGCAGCAGAUCCGCCUUGCCCAGAAAGAAAAAGCAGCCAUGGAAGUGGAAGCCCCCUCCAAGGCAACCAGGACUAGUCAGCCACAGCCCAAACAACAAAAGAAGAUAAAAGCUCCCCAGGACGUAGAUAUGGAGGAUCUUGAAGAUAAGAGCUAAAGUUCCUACCUCUUCUACCAGAAGGUUCUCAACAGCACCUAGAA